AUGACUCCGCAUUUCCCGUUCAGCUUUUUCGUCAAGACCUCCUUCGCAACCCUAUCGUACCCCAACAAGACCGUGAGCGGGCUGUCGGAGUCUGAAUGUGCCGAAGCCUGCCUGUACGAGUCAGACUUCGACUGUCUGUCAGUGGAUUAUUACUGGCCGACCGAAUACUGCAUGUUAAGCGUAGCCAGCGCUACCAGCCUCGGGUAUUCACUCACCACAAACAAGUAUUACAACUACUAUGAAAAGCUUGUCGGGGAAUGCUCGUUUCCAGCCGUUGGGCUAGAGGAUGGCACCGUGUCCCUUGAUGACGUCAGCAUGUCGUCAUUUCUGGGGGAUACCGAGGAUGGACCAAUUGGCAUCUCUAAGGCGAGCAUCCGGCUGAACUCUGACGGGGCGUGGUGCUCGCAGGAACUGGGGGAUGUCAAUUCGAUUUCCGAAUGGGUGCAGAUUGAGUUUAAUGAGUUCAAGAUUAUUGGAGCGGUGGCUACACAGGGUUUUCGUCAUCCUGAUCUGGAUCCAAUCUAUGUCACGCAGUACUACCUCAAAUACACCAAUGCAACAGACCAAUCCUGGAUUGAAUAUGAGGAAAGUGGACAGACAAAGAUUUUUGAGGCGAACACCGACCAAGACACCGUGGUUAAAAACGAGCUUGCUCACCCUUUUGUUGCCAAGUUUGUCCGGCUCUAUCCCGUAGCGUGUCGCAACCAUCCUUGUCUCAGGCUGGAGCUCUACGCCUGCAGAGGUUGGAUUUGGUAG